GCACCGACUCCCAUCUUGUCAUAAAAUAAAGUAAAAACGUGGCCUCUCGGCUGAAUGCAAUCUAACCUGUUUCUGAAAGACCUGUUCCCUGUUUGGGGCGGAGAACUCAAGAGGAAACAGACGCGUCCCAGCGGCAGAGAGACGGGAGCGAGCCGCGUCUCCACGAUGCGGAGCUACGACGAUGCGGUGGCCUUCCUGGGACGGUGGGGGCUUUUCCAGCAGGUGGUCUUCUUCAUGCUCUGCGUAACCAUCCUGCCCAACGGCUUCGGGGGCUUCAUGCUGGUUCUCCUGACGGACGUCCCGGACCACAGCUGCCGGGUCCCGGACGGCAACCUGACGGAGGCCUGGAGAGGGAGCGUGAUCCCGGUGCAGGUUGUGAAUGGAAAAGAAGAGCUGAGUAAAUGCACCAGAUACAAGCUGGAUGUGGUGCGAAACCUCUCGUCUCAUGAAUUGGUUCCUGGAGUUGAUGUUGACCUGAGUGGUCUGGAGCUCGAGAGCUGUGUGGACGGGUGGAAUUACAGCAAAGACGUCUACGAGUCCACUAUUGUCACCGAGUUCGACCUGGUGUGCGGUGAGCAGUGGAAGCAGCCCUUCACCACCAUGGUUUUCUUCACUGGAGUCCUUACUGGAUGUUUUUUCUCGGGGCAGCUGUCGGACAGGUUUGGAAGGAAACCGAUUCUAUUUGCGACCAUCGCAAUGCAGACGCUUUUCACUUUUAUGGAAAUCUUCUCCCCCUCAUGGAUUGUAUUCGUCAUUCUCCUUUUCAUCAACGGUUUGGGCCAGAUGUCGAACUUUGUUUCGGCCCUGGUGCUUGGUUCUGAGACUUUAACAGGCAACGUGCGCAUCAUUUAUGCAUCUAUGGGCACAAAUAUGGCCUUUGCUGCCGGCUAUAUGAUACUGCCGCUCAUCGCUUACUUUUUAAGGGACUGGAAGUCCCUCCUGCUGGCUUUGUCUGUGCCCUGCCUGGCUUACAUUCCGUUCUGGUGGCUGAUACCGGAGUCUCCUCGCUGGCUGCUUUCGCAAGGCAGAGUCGAGGAAGCCGAGGCCAUUCUAAGAAAUGCAGCAAAGUGGAACAAAGUUCAAGCGCCCGAGGUCAUCUUUGAGGAUUACCUUACCAUCAAAACAGAGAAGCAAGACAAGAGAAAUGAGAGUUUCUUUGUCCUGCUUAGGCACAGCAACAUCAGAAACACAACGUUAAUCCUCUGCUUGCUUUGGUUCACCACCUCUGUUGGCUACUACAGUCUGUCCUUCAACACGGCCCAGCUCCAUGCAAACCCCUAUCUCAGCUGCUUCAUCUCUGCAGUGGUUGAGAUUCCGGCGUACAUUUCGAGCUGGUUGGUGCUGCAGUACCUUCCUAGACGAGUGUCCGCCAUCAGCUGCUUGGUGUUUGGAGCAGUGCCGCUGUUCAUCUUACUGCCUGUGCCAGAAGAUCUGCCAAAUCUGAUCCUUGCACUGGAGAUGCUGAGUAAAUUCUUCCUUACCUGUGGUUUCUCGCUGAUGUUUGCCUAUGCCUCGGAGCUGUUCCCCACAGUGAUCAGGAACACAGCAACAGGAACAUGUAACACCUGUGCCAGAAUAGGAUGCUGCGUUACCCCUUUUCUGUUAACUCUCAGUAAUCACUAUAAGUACCUGCCCUAUAUCAUUCUGGGGAUUUUGAAUAUUUUAUCUGCCAUCGCAACGCUCUUCCUUCCGGACACUUUUAAAAAGCCACUGCCUGAGACCAUUGAAGAAAUGCAAAUGCAAAGAGACAGGAUUUCAUGUCCAUGCAUCACUCGAACAAAUACCUCCUCGUCUAAGGAUGAUCAGCCCACACAUCAGUGGAAAAAGGUGGCCAUGGCAGAUAGUCCAUAAUGAGAGUCUGUUUUUUAGAGUGGGUGAGAUGCUGAAAAUGGUGUUAAUGCUUCCUGUUUACAGUUCUUGCAUAAUGGAUGAGGUAUUCAGGUUGAGGCUUCUAAUUUUUAAAUUAUUCUUUUGAAAAAAAAAAACACCACUGUUUACAUUGGAAAGACCUCUUUUGGUCUGGCUGAUCUAUUUUCAAUAUUUAUUUA